AACCAAACAAGCGUCUGGCCAAAGAUUGAUUACGGUAAAAGACUUCGGUAGCCAGUGUACUGGGAAAUUAAGGCUCUAUUUGUAAUAGAGCCUAAAGUGAAAUAAAGAAAAGUAAGGCCAUUUAAUGAGGGCAUCUCACUGUGACCUUUAUGCGAGGAUUGAGACUGUGAGACACGGGUCAAAGACGGAGAAGAGAUUCAGAGCCAAAGAUCGUAGUACUCUGGACCUAACCCUGUGUUCACUCUUGAGUCCUCAUUGUUUUUAUUCAGUUGUCCACAGGGACUAAACUGAAAAAUCCCAAGACCUUUUCGACUGCUCUGCUGUAGUUAGUCACAUUGGUAUCACGCUGAAUCAUGGAGGCCAUAGCCAAGUAUGAUUUCAAAGCAACGGCAGAUGAUGAGCUGAGUUUUAAACGUGGGGAGAUCCUAAAGGUAUUAAAUGAAGAAUGUGACCAGAACUGGUAUAAGGCAGAGCUGAACGGCAAAGACGGCUUCAUCCCUAAGAACUACAUAGAAAUGAAAGCACACCCGUGGUUCUUUGGGAGAAUUCCUCGGGCCAGAGCAGAGGAGAUGCUGAACAAACAGAGGCAUGACGGCGCUUUCCUCAUCAGAGAGAGUGAAAGUGCACCUGGAGACUUCUCCCUGUCUGUCAAGUUUGGGAAUGACGUGCAGCACUUCAAGGUGUUGCGUGAUGGAGCGGGGAAGUACUUCCUCUGGGUGGUGAAGUUUAACUCCCUCAACGAGCUGGUGGAUUAUCACCGUUCCACCUCUGUCUCUCGAAACCAGCAGAUCUUUCUACGAGACAUUGAGCAGGUGCCUCAGCAUCCUACAUAUGUCCAGGCCCUGUUUGACUUUGACCCUCAGGAGGAUGGGGAACUGGGCUUCCGGCGUGGAGAUUUCAUCCAGGUCCUGGACAACUCCGACCCCAACUGGUGGAAGGGUGCAUGCCAUGGCCAGACAGGCAUGUUCCCACGCAACUACGUCACACCUGUCAAUCGGAACAUGUAAAAACAAGUCCCCACCACCACCAUGCACGCACGCACCCCUAGCCCCCAUCACGGCCAUCCCUAAAGCCCCAUCAUGCCCAUACCUAAUGUGUCACGAAUUUCCCGGUGAAUGGAAAGCUGAAAAGAAGAUGAAGAAAAAUCUGUGGAAAGUGGACAUUCCACCUCUCCAGUGAUGUCUGGGCAAAGUCAACGUUGAUUCCUGAGAAUGGUUGUUUGCAUCACCAUGAACGAUUUCAGCUGGGCCUCAGUCAUUUGCUGGGUCAGUGAGUUGAGUCUAAGUAUAGUGCAACAACACCACACAAGUUGAAAAACAACACGAUGAUUCUGUGUCUGCGUCCACCCUGCUGCUUUUGGCCCCCUUGUAGUGCGUUUUUUUUUUCCCCCUUUCUUUCAUUAAUUUUUGGAUGCAUGUUUUAAUCACUUCAUAACACAAAAUUCUAAGGCUGUUUUGUGCUACAUACAAAGUCUGAAAUCAUGGAUACAAGAGCAUUGUACAUCAACUUUGGGCUGUGUAAAAGAAAGAGGGGGGGAAAAAACACCUAUAGAGAGAAUCAGUUUUUUAAGAAUAUAUAUAUUAUAUAUUUGUAUGUUUGUCUGAUUUACCUUUCCAUACCUUUUUUCCAGUUGUAAAUUAUGUUUUGUGUUGUUGGUUUUUUUUUUGUUUUGGUUUUUUUUGUUUUUUUUUAAACCGAGUGCUCUGGGACAUGCUGAAUCAUCAGUAUAAUUUUUAUGAAUUAUAUCUGAGAUUGCUCAGAUAAAAAUGCAUAAUAUUUAAAUCGCAUAUUCCAUUUGAAAUCAUUUCUUUUUAGUUUUAGAGCUGCAUACUCUUGAAUUUAACCGUUCAUCAGAACACUGCCAUUAAGUGACAUGCAAGUAAGAGCCAUUUACCCUGCAGGAGUUUGUUUAAUGUGAAAUCAUAUAAUGAGGCCAAACACCAUUUUAAGCCAAGGUGUUUUCUUGCAGCCACUGUUCUUCUUGGGCCAUGAAUGUAGCUGACUUUAGACCUUAGAAAUAAACAUGAGGGAAGUAAGGUCGGAGAUUCUGAACCACACAAAUGCUCGUGAUUGCAGAGGCGAGCCUAUUUAUGGUGUCAACUAUAUAUAUAUAUAUGAUGUAUGAAUACAUAUGAAACUAUAUGCACAGGCACGUAUACAGAUUUUAACCAUAAGAUUUAAAAUCUUGAGAUGUUGAUCAUUUAUAUGCAUUUGCCAGACCCAAACUGGCAACAGUAAAACUAGUAUGAGUGACCAUAUGGAGGGAGAGAGAGAGAGUGAGUGUGUCUUUUUACGUGAACAGUAGAUAUAUCAGAUAUACUGAGCUAACUUCCCCGGUCUUGUGUGUUUUGAGCACUUUUUGUGUCAGCCUUUUGACUCCAUGUCUUGUGAGGUUUGUUUUUGUUUUGUGGUUUGUAGUUUCUUUUUUCUCUCUGGAUUAGUGCCUUUUUCUCUGGUGUGUCAGUGUCUCCGGCCUGCUGCUUUGGCCUGCAUGGCAGGCGCCGUGAGAGAUCAUGUCUGAGCUCCUGCCUCCAGCCCUGCCCUCAGCCCUGUCCUGCACCCUGCCCCAGAUGUCAUCUGCACCAGUGUCUACAUAGAACCAAUCCUUCCUAUUUAAAUGUCUCACCUUCUCUGAACUAAUGAUGCAUUGUUUUUUGUUCAUGGUUUUUUUUGUUUUGGUUUUUUUUUUUUUUUUUUUCCCCAU